ACAAAAUGAGCCCAAACGUCACGAGCGAGGCCCGGCAGCCCCUGGGCCGCACAGUGGCCCAAAGGAAACAGGCCCACGAGCUCAGAAAGACUCUUAAACCUCUUUUGGAGAAGAGGAGACGCGCGCGCAUCAACGACAGUCUGAGCCACCUCAAGAGCCUCAUCCUGCCUCUGAUCGGGAAGGACAACGCGCGCUACUCCAAACUGGAGAAAGCUGAUAUUCUGGAGAUGACUGUUCGUUUCCUCAGAGAUCUGCCCUCCGCCUCCUCCAAAGAUCCAGCAGAGAGCUACACAGAGGGUUAUAAAGCCUGUCUCCAGCGCGUGACCACUCUGCUCCCCAGAACCAGCCUGGACCAGAGCGCGUGCCAGCGCGUCACUGACUUCGUGCAUCAGUCCAUGUCCGCGAGCCUCAAGCCCACGUGCCUCAACUGCUGCGGCCAGAGCUCGAGGACCCUGCCCCAGAUCCAGCAGCGGCUCCAGAGCCUCAAGUCCAGCUUCAGCUCCAGAGCCCAGCUUCAGCCCGCUUCUCCCGGGAGCGCGCAGCAGCAGGCCGUGCGCGCGCCCAUGUGGAGGCCGUGGUAG